AUGGCAACCUCGUAUAGGACACCGAACCGCGAUGAGGUGAUGCAGGCUAUCGAACGAAGGCUGGAAGGCAUACGUUUGGAGCGGCCUCGCGGUGCUCUGUACGUCGACUUCGACGAAGACCAUCCCCGGCGACGCCACUUUAGACGUUUGAUUGACCCUGGCAUCAUACGCUCGAACUCUACGGAGGUAACAUUGAAGGCGCUGCAGACGAUGAAGACAUUGGCUGAGAAUAUAUUGCGGUCUCCGGACGAAGUGAAAUUUCAUAGAAUCAAGCCAACCAAUGCUAAGAUACUGGAGCUGCUGAUCAACCCUCCGGGGGUCGUGGAGUACAUCAGAGAGAUGGGUUUCAAUCCGGAGGUUGAUGAGGUUGAAUGGCAGCCGUACUAUGUCUUCCACAUGAAGCGACUCGACGAUUUAAAGAUGGGGCUCGCCAUCAUCAAUGAAACCAUAGAGCGAGAAUCCCCUAAACAAGAGCGUGAAGAAAGAGCUUUGGAGGAGGCCAAAGCCGCGGAAGCGAAGGCCAAACAGAAGAUCAUGCUAAAGUUUCAGGACGACCGACUGUCCGUUCGUGCACGGGCAACACGCGAAAGGCGUGGCGGCGUCGCCGAUGACAUCCCACGUUUGCCGCCGAAGUCGAAGAAAUCACCUGCAGUCGUCAAAACGCUAGCUGAUUUGAGGCGCGACAGCAAGGCAUUGGACGACGGCGAGUCCUCAGGGGAACAUGAGCCUGCCUGA